CCAUUAUGCGGUAGAGGCGGCUGGGUCUCUUUAAGGCCCUGCCGCGCCUGCGCCUUGGGCUUUCCUGACGGCGGCCGGGCCGGACCCAGGGGAAACCGGCGGACGGCGGGCACCGGAGGGGGCUCCGGCGGUGGUGGCCGAGGCAGCGGCUCCCCGAGGACCGGCUGAGGAUCGGGGAGGCGCCCCCAAGCCCCCGAGCCCGCGCGCUGCGCCCCGAGGACGCGGGAGAGGACGGCCCGCGGGAGCCCGGAGCGGGGCCGAGGCGCUGAGACGCGGCGGCGCGGCUGCCGGCUGCAUGGGAAGUUAAUGUUUACAGCGAAGUCCACCCAGCGUUUCCAAGGUGGCGACAGACAAGGUUGCAGAAAAGCUGAGUUCUACUCUCUCAUGGGUGAAGAACACUGUAACGCAUACUGUCAGUCAGAUGGCCAGUCAGGUGGCAAGUCCAUCGGCUUCAUUACACACUACAUCCUCAUCUACCACACUGUCAACACCGGCCCUUUCGCCAUCUUCCCCUUCCCAGCUGAGUCCAGACGACUUGGAACUCCUGGCUAAGCUGGAGGAACAAAAUAGGUUGUUAGAAACAGACAGUAAGUCUUUAAGAUCUGUAAAUGGGUCAAGAAGAAACAGUGGCUCCUCUCUUGUGUCCAGUUCAUCAGCCUCUAGCAACCUCAGCCACCUUGAGGAAGACUCUUGGAUUCUUUGGGGAAGAAUUGUUAAUGAGUGGGAAGAUGUGCGCAAAAAGAAGGAAAAGCAGGUUAAGGAACUUGUUCGUAAAGGAAUACCCCACCACUUUAGAGCAAUAGUUUGGCAACUUUUAUGCAGUGCACAAAGCAUGCCAAUUAAGGAUCAGUAUUCAGAACUCCUGAAAAUGACCUCACCUUGUGAAAAAUUGAUCCGAAGGGAUAUUGCUAGAACUUAUCCUGAACACAAUUUUUUCAAGGAAAAAGAUAGCCUUGGACAGGAGGUUUUGUUUAAUGUAAUGAAGGCAUAUUCUUUGGUGGAUCGUGAAGUCGGUUACUGUCAAGGAAGUGCUUUUAUAGUUGGGCUGUUGCUUAUGCAAAUGCCAGAAGAAGAAGCUUUCUGUGUAUUUUUUAAGUUAAUGCAAGACUAUAGACUUCGUGAACUUUUUAAACCAAGUAUGGCAGAGUUGGGCCUUUGUAUGUACCAAUUUGAAUGCAUGAUACAGGAGCAUCUUCCAGAACUCUUCGUACAUUUUCAAUCUCAGAGCUUUCAUACCUCAAUGUAUGCGUCAUCCUGGUUUCUGACCAUCUUUCUUACCACUUUUCCGUUACCAGUUGCAACAAGGAUAUUUGAUAUCUUUAUGUCUGAGGGUUUAGAAAUAGUCUUUCGAGUAGGAUUAGCGCUUCUUCAAAUGAAUCAGGCAGAACUAAUGCAGCUUGACAUGGAGGGUAUGUUACAGCAUUUUCAGAAGGUCAUUCCACAUCAGUUUGAUGGUGGUCCAGACAAACUAAUCCAAGCAGCUUAUCAAGUCAAAUACAACUCAAAAAAAAUGAAAAAGCUUGAAAAGGAAUAUACUACAAUAAAAACUAAAGAAAUGGAAGAGCAAGUUGAAAUUAAAAGGUUACGCACAGAAAAUAGACUUUUAAAACAGCGUAUUGAAACAUUAGAAAAAGAAAGUGCUUCCUUGGCAGAUAGAUUGAUACAGGGACAAGUGACAAGAGCCCAGGAGGCUGAGGAAAACUACCUCAUAAAACGCGAGUUGGCCACCAUCAAACAGCAGAGUGAUGAGGCCAGUGCUAAACUGGAGCAUGCUGAAAAUACCAUCAGGAAGCUGCAGCACCAGCAGCAAUGGCAUAAAUGCAGUUCCAACUACAACGAAGAUUUUGUGCUGCAGCUAGAGAAGGAGCUGGUCCAGGCCCGACUGAGUGAGGCCGAGUCCCAGUGUGCCCUGAAGGAGAUGCAAGAUAAAGUCCUGGACAUAGAGAAGAGGAACAACUCUCUUCCUGAUGAAAAUAACAUUGCAAGGCUUCAGGAAGAACUCAUUGCUGUGAAACUGAGAGAAGCAGAAGCUGUUAUGGGUUUGAAAGAACUCAGACAGCAGGUCAAGGAUUUAGAGGAACACUGGCAGCGCCAUUUAGCUCGUACUACUGGGAGAUGGAAAGACCCACCUAAGAAAAAUGCUGUGAAUGAGUUACAAGAUGAACUAAUGACCAUUAGACUUCGGGAAGCUGAAACACAAGCAGAAAUACGAGAAAUAAAACAAAGAAUGAUGGAAAUGGAAACACAGAACCAGAUCAAUAGUAACCAUCUUCGCAGAGCAGAGCAAGAGGUGAUCAGCCUACAGGAGAAGGUGCAGUAUCUCUCUGCGCAGAACAAAGGACUGCUUACUCAGUUAAGUGAAGCAAAGCGCAAGCAGGCAGAGAUUGAAUGCAAGAAUAAGGAAGAAGUGAUGGCUGUGAGACUCCGGGAAGCAGAUAGUAUAGCUGCUGUGGCUGAGCUACAGCAGCACAUUGCUGAACUUGAAAUCCAGAAAGAAGAAGGAAAGCUUCAAGGACAGCUAAACAAGUCUGAUUCUAACCAGUAUAUUAGGGAACUGAAAGAUCAGAUAGCAGAGCUCAAUCAUGAGCUCAGGUGCCUAAAAGGCCAGAGGGGCUUCUCAGGCCAACCUCCUUUUGAUGGAAUCCACAUUGUCAACCAUUUGAUGGGAGAUGACGAAUCAUUCCAUUCUUCUGAUGAAGAUUUUAUAGAUAAUUCCUUCCAGGGAAGUGGCAUUGGUUUUCCUUUUCACAGAAAGUCUGGCCCGAUGUCCUUGGACCCUGCCGGGGCAGAUGGUAGUGAGAGCGAAACGGAAGACAGUGUGCUGGAGCCCGGAGGGAGCAACCGCGGGAUUGCAAAGGAGCGGCCCCAGGCAAGGCGGGAGUCGUACUCAACCACUGUCUGACCAUCACUGUGACCUAGACUGGGGGUUCCUAAGGGAUCAGUUGUCAUACGACUAGGGAUCUUUGAGACACAGCUGUUUCAUAUGUACAUAUAAAUACAUAUACAUAUAUAUAUAUUUUACAAUGUUAUCUACCUUUUUAUCUUUGCCAAAUCGUCACCACUGACUUACCAUUGCCAUCAACUAGAGUGGAAUAUGGUUAAUUGGUGUAAUAAGGCUCUAACAGUAUUACUGAAUAUUAAGGAUUCUUGUUUAGAAAACAUAACUAUGUAAGUGGGAACCAUUUUUGAAGUUUAAAACCCUGGAAAAUGGAACUUUCUUCACAGAAAGCUCUUGUGCAAUAUUUUUUUGCUUAGUGAACAAAUUGUAUAUUUGUGUUUAUCAAUCUGCUUUUAAGCUAAUUGUCUACAGACGUUUGAGCGAGAUGUACAUCUGAUUUACCUUUUGUUUGCGUGUUUGGGGGGAUAUUUUUACCCAUUGGAAUCACUGUUUUAGGGGCAGGGAAUUGGUAUUGCAGUUAAAAUGCCUUUAAGGAUGUCCAUAUCCCCUGUUGGAGGGCCUGGAUUGGAGUCCCAACUAAACAUCCCAUUCCAGCUUCCUGCUGAUGUAUAUACACCCUGUCAGCUACUCGGGUAUUUGCCACUACCUGGAGACCUGGAUUGAAUUCCUGGCUCCUAGCUUUAACCUGAUCCUGCCCUGGCUAGCAGGGCCGUUGAGGGAGUGAACCAGCAGAAGGGAAUUCUGUCUGUCUUGUGUGUGUGUGUAUCUGUCUGUCUUCCUCAUUGCCUCUUGAAUAAAUUAAUCAAAUUUUAAAUCACUGUUAUGCUUGUGGGCCACUGACAGUUCCCAAACACAAAGUCUUUUUUUCGGUAUGAUUUUAUAAACACAGUGAAUUGUUAUGUAUUUUGAGAGUUUUAAGGUCUGUUUCAAUUUCUGCUUUUUCUGUGCCCCUGAUGCUUCCACGUGUUGUCACCGUCAAGAGUAGCAUGUUAACUGCAGACACACUGUUUAUUUGUACAUAUCUGUAAAUCUGUACCACCCAAACACGGAACAUCAUUUUAUAUGAGGAACAUACACUUUACAAAAUGACUGCUAUCAACAUUCUAACAGAACUUCUGUAAAUAGUAGGUUAAAAGAAAAUUGAAAAAUAAAGCCAAACACUAAUAUUCUCAUAGCUUUAGUGUUAUGCUUAGCCUACAACACUAGCAGAGUCAUAACUUAACUGAUGCCUGAUCAAAAACACUAUUGAUCAAAUCUUUUCUUUUGUGUGGCGAUACCUAUUAAAAUUGUCAUGGCUAAAGAGAUAACACAUAUUACUUAGUGCUAAUAUUCUACUUAAUAUAAUUUAAGCAACGGGCUAAAGUCCAAGAUACACAGCAGUUAAUAUCUGCAAAUAAUCCAUGAACAGGAUUUUCAGAUUCUCUAGUUUGUGAGAUAAAGCCAUAAAACUCUUUUCCUGCCAGUUCUUCCUUUUCAUCAAACUUCUUCAUAAGAAAAUGGAAUGCCUGUCACUGGUAAAUAGGAGAAAACACCCAUAGUACCCUCACGCGAUGGCUCAACACAGGUGCAUGAGUGCAGAUAUGGUCCUCUACCUGUCCAGGGCUCUGGGGAUUAUCUUUGGGGAAGGCUCUCAGUCCCUGAGCGUAGCAAGAUAGAUUCACGGCCGCAUGCCCACUCUGACCCCAUUGAAAGGUCUGAAUGAUCCAGAUGAGAGAACCACAAACCAUGGCCCGUGGGCUACUCCCAAUAUUAGCUUGUUUAAAAAAGAAAAGACAAAAGAAUAAUUUACGUGAAAACUCUAUGAAAUUCAAAUAUCUAUCCAUAGUAAGGACAGGAGCGUACACACCCAUGCAGAGCUGAAUAGUUGAAACAGGGACUAUAUGGCUCACAUGGUCUAAUUUUUUGUUGUUGUUGGCUCAUAUAGUCAAAUAUUUUUAAUGUUUUUUAACAGAAAAAAAAAUCUGCUAACCCUUGAGUGUAGGAGUUAAAUAUUUAAAGAAUCCUGAUAAGCAAGCCUUAAUUUCUUGACAUUCUUAUAAUUUGGACAGUAAAAAUCUGGAAGCAGCACUCCUCCCAUUCAAUAUGUGAUUCAAAGAUGCUAUAAAGAAUGUAAAAUUCUCCUGGCCUUUAGCAACCCAGGCCCUGACUCGACUCCACUUCUGUCAUUUGAAAUGAGUGUGGAGUGGUUCAGUCGAGAUUUCGAGGAAUUAAACAACGUUCCUGUGAUAGAUUUUAUUUGACCUCUGAUGUUUCUGUGUGAUUCACAUGCUAUUCAGUUAAACGUCUAGAGUUGAGGAAUAUUCAGGGACAAGUGAACAGCUUGCUGCCUUGGGAUAGGUCACUUCCAGGUCUGAGGCCACCCUGGCCGGUCAGCUUAGUGCAGAGGCCGUAAGUGACCUAAUAGAGUGGAAACUGCAUUGCGAUCACGACAUGGAGACCUUGCAGAUCAAGAACACACUGCAACAGCCUCUUUGAAAAUAACGUACAUUUGUUUUUGUUGAAAGAAGAGGUCAAAGAUGUAACUUUCUGCAGUCUCCACUCUGUCUUAUGUCUUUGCUGGAUAGCAGUACUCAGGUUUGCUGGUGAAUUGAGACAAGUUCCAACUAACUGGCCAGUUAUUUUGAAAGAAGAAAGAAGCCUCUUUCUCAGCUGAGAGUGGGUGCAGCUCGCCCCUCUCCAGGUAGUGCCUUUGAGUGAAAUCAGGUGGAAGCCUUUUUAAGUCCGUUGUUGCUGGCAUCAUAAGUCAUUUGCUCCUCAUUGUUUUUUAUAUAAUAAACUGUAAUAUUCAAACUUAUAACUUAAAUAUCUAGAUAUGUUUUGAUAAAGCUCUUUUGUGACCAGCUUGACUAUUGACAGCUAACAUUUCAUACAAUCAAUGAUUUAGGUAAUAAAGCAAUGAAUUUAGCUUGAAAGUUAUUGCUGCUCUCAUUAACAAAACAGUAAGUUUUUAAAAUUAAUUUUAAGUUCUCCCGAAAUGAACUUUUCUGGUUCAAAGUGGAAUGGAUGUUAUAAUCAGAGUUUUUACAUUGCAUCCAUUGAUCCCUUCUUGUCACUCCGAAGAAGAGAUGAUAGAAAAAUACAUUUAAUAUACCACGGACAUGCAAAGUGAUAAUGUAUAUUCCAUUUUACUGUUGGAAUUUUUUUUAUUGUAACAUUGUAUGAUAACCUGAAAUGUUUACUUGUGCCUUUGCUUUAAACAAUUAAAGUUUUCCAUUUUAUAAAAA